UUUUCGGGGUGACUGUUGAUUCUGGGAUGGGACAGUCCUCGACGAACACCGCGCUUUUUUUUAGUGAAUGAGAACAGGUGUGGUGGAAGGGAGGUCGACUGAAAAGGACAGUUAGAAAACAGUUAAAAACAAAUGCUUUCGAACUUGGGCUUUCGAUCGAUAACAAGACGAACGCCUGUUAUUCUCACCAAUCAAGCGACGAGAGCGACAUUCUACUCGGCUCAUGUCUGUCACAAAGUAGUCGCCGAGAAAGAAGCUGCGGACAUUUCUCCUUUCGGUCGACUCGCUCAUGGCCUGAAUACCAUCAAGAGCAGUGUGUUGAAUGUGUCACCGCUGCGUCAAGAAUCGGAAAAAGACGGUGAUUUCGCCCCGUUCACCGGUGAAGCCGCUACAUGGAACCAAGCGAUUCGAGAGGCACGAGGUUUGGUCAAAGAUAACGAGAACCGACUCAUCGAUCCGGCGAAAUUAGUUGGAAAAGACUUAGGCCAUAUCAAAGGCAACAUUGCGAAACUCUUAGGAAGUCGACAUCCGUUCUUAAAUACUGUCGCAAAGCAUUACUUCAGUGGCGAAGGCAAACACGUCCGUCCCUUGCUGGUGCUGCUCAUUGCGCAAGCCACCAGCAUUGCACCAAAAAAGGAACAAUGGCGCCCGUUGGACUACCAGUCGAUCGACACACCGAUAUCUAAUGGAUUAACCAAUAUCACGGCCCAUGAUGUAUUCAACGAGAAAGAACAUUAUACACCUUCCGUGACCAAUCAAGGCUGCACUAUCCUUCCCACUCAGCGCCGCUUGGCAGAAAUUUCGGAGAUGAUUCACACCGCUUCGCUACUGCACGACGACGUGAUUGAUGCUUCAGAAACACGACGUAACUUACCUUCGGCCAACGCAAGUUUUGGUAACAAAAUGGCAGUACUCGGUGGCGAUUUCUUGUUGGCGCGCGCUUCGUUAGCUCUUGCCCGCUUGCGGAACGCCGAAUGUAUUGAACUCAUGGCCACAUGUAUUGCUAACCUUGUGGAAGGCGAAUUCAUGCAAUUAAAGAACACGCAGGAAGACUCGGGCUCAGGCAAAAAGAUGAAAAUGAACACCUUCGAUUACUACAUGGAGAAAACCUAUAUGAAAACGGGAAGUCUGAUUGCUCAAAGCUGCAAGGCAUCAGCUGUGCUAGGUGGUUCAACAAAUGAAGUCGCUGACAUUGCCUAUGAUUUUGGCAGAUCGAUUGGUCUUGCGUUUCAGCUGGUCGAUGAUAUGCUUGAUUUUACAGUAUCUACUGCCGAUCUCGGAAAACCUGCGGGAGCUGAUCUGAAACUGGGCCUGGCAACGGCUCCUGUUUUGUUUGCCUGGGAAGAGUAUCCGGAAUUAGAACCUCUUAUUAAGCGUAAAUUUGCCAACGAAGGAGACGCGGAAAAGGCACGAUUAUUAGUCUACCAGAGUAACGGCUUGAAGAAAACACUGGGUUUGGCGGAAUCGCACUGCAAACAAGCUAUUGAUGCCCUUCAUAAACUUCCACCCUCUGAAGCUCGAUCUGCUUUAGUCCAACUGACCGAAAAACUGCUCACCCGACGAUCCUAAAUUAUCCAAUCAUACCUCGCCUCGAAAUAGAAUAAUAGACACUGCAAUAAAGCUCCUAUUGAUUUUAUGUCUGAAACAAUCGCCUUUUGGAAGCUUACCUUCUUUCUAAACGUCUUCAAAGGGAAAGUUCGCUGGACUUUUAGUGAAAGCCUUGAAAAUGGUCAUUGCUUUUUACGUGCUGUGACAGGUAUAACUACUGAACAUCUGAAAUAAUCUCAUGAACCGUUACUGCAUUGAGGCCGAUGAUCUGUCUUUACGUGAUAUCAUGAGGGUGCUGGAUCCCUCCGCAACAUGUAUACUUUUCAGGAGACAAGACCGUUG